AUCUACCAAAUGUUGUGUUCUUAAUGAGUAAUACUUUAUUUGUUAUCAAAUAAUUCUUCCUUUUGUUUCAUGAACAAAGCAUUUAAUAACGGACUAUAUUUUGAACCUCUGAAUAAAUUUCAUAUCUGCGGUUGACAUUUAUAAACACUGUCUUAUCAUAACAAUGGGGAUGAUAAAUGAAUAGUGUAUUGUAAUUGUUUGUUUUUGAACAAUUGCAAAAAACAAUUUCGUUUAAAUUGCGUAUCUGCAGUUAUACAAGUAACAAGGAUACCUUCCGGAAAUGGCGAGGCAACAGUCGGCUGUGAGCUUGUGCGUAAAAUACACCUUGUUUCUAUGGAACUUUAUACUAUGGCUGGUGUCUAUGGCUGUGACCGCUCUUGGAGCCUAUAUUCUGGUUAUCAAGCACAAGAAAGUCCAUGACGCCAUCGACUUCCUCUUUGAUCCUUCUACUGUCAUGUGCACUAUCGGAUCAAUUGCUGUUGUUGUGACGCUGAUUGGUUGGCUGGGCGCAUUGAGGGAAUACACCUCUUGUCUCAGGCUGUACACCUGGAUGAUGACACUGUUUUUCGUCGGCGAGAUUAUCUUAAUCGUGUUUGUAUUCGUCUUCUACUUCGUCCCUGAAGCGAAGCAGAAGUUAGGCCUGUUUCCUGAAAAGACCUUUCAAGACGCCAUAGAAAAGUAUGGGGUAGUUGAAGAUGAUGACAUGAGAAAUUUGAUUGACUCCAUGCAGGAAUCGCUAGAGUGUUGCGGAUUCAGUGACUCUGAUACAGGUUACUUUGACUGGGAUAAGAACGAGUACUAUAAAUGCAUCAACGCCACAACGAACAACCCAGAACGAUGUUCCGUGCCACAUUCGUGUUGUAAACUACAACCGGGUCAGAUGAAGAAUGUUUUGUGUGGAAGAGGAGUCAUGAAAGCAACGUCAGGGACCCUUGGGGAGAGCGACAGCCACAACCCCAUCUACAAGAUUGGAUGUUUAAAGGCUGUGGGAAAUUUCAUCAACGAGCACGCCAUGGUGAUAGGCGGUGUCAUGCUUGGCAUUCUUAUUCCACAGAUGUAUUUUAUGUACCUGUCCCGGACGUUACGAGAGCAGGUAUUGACUCAACGAGCAAAGUGGGGGCGAUCUACUAAGUAAACUGUGUUUUGUGUGUGCUAACAAUUUAAUGAGAUUGCUGUGUUAUUUUGUUUGUUUAGUUAUACGAAUAAAAAUUAACAUAUUA